CCUGUCAACUCAAGUUUACCCGGUGUACGCGGAAUCUCUGAAUGCGAAAUUAUUACUUCGUGAAUUUAUAAAUGAAAGACAUCGAAAUUACCAAGUUUCUCGUGUCAUUCACGGGUCAAAUUGAAAAUGUGGUGUUCCCGGCGGGUGUAUUCGACGAGUUGUUGUAUAUUCAAUAUGAGGCUGUAUGGGGCCCCGAUUGGAGUCCGGUGUCGGGUUUAACAUCAGGGAAUAGUCAGAUGGCUCGUUCAGGAGCCAAUCCUGAAAGGGUAGUCUUUAAUAUGCCUUUGGAGUUGGUUUUCAGCAGCACAAAUGUGUCAGGAUGGCCCCAACUGGUGAUCACAGUCCGCGCACAGAACACGAUAGGCGGGGACACGCUGCGUGGCUACGCGUUAGUUCCACUGCCGGCCACCGCGGGCGCGCGGGCGUGCGCGGCGCCACUGCUGCGCCCUCUGGCCGCGACCAUGCUGGGCGAGUGGCUCGCCUGGCUUACUGGCAGGCAUCCUGAACUCGCAGAGCCGAGGAUGCUGGCUUCUGGAAAAGAGAAUUAUUUGUUAAGAACCGAGUCGUAUGGGACGGUAGAGGUGCGAACGUCCAUGGUCUCUAAGGACUUCAGGCGGCUUGGGUACGACAAUCAACCAUCGCCUAACGAGACUUAUAACUCUUGAUAUUUUUAGGCAGGUUUAGAGUUACUUGAAUUAUUUUGGUGAACAUGUAGUAAUAAGGGCCAGUUGCACCAAUCACACUCACAAGUAGGUACCUAAUCAGAGGUACGUAGGUACUCGUACAAAACCAGACCAGUCGCCUAAAUAGUGUUUAGUUUUUUAAGUUUAUAUAAAAUGCAUAUAUAUGUUAGUCUGUAAGGUAUUUGUAAUAUGGGCCUUGUUGCCUGAUCUAAAAUGUUAAAUAAAUAAAUAAAAUAAAGAAUCCAGCCAUCAUCCCGUAGAAAUCCGUUAGGUACUAUUUUCAUAGCGAAUGCAUUGUACCUAAUUAGGUAUAAGUAGGUAUGAUUUGGUGCAAUCUGUUCUGUAUAAUUUAUUGAAUAAAUUGACGUUUUAUGUAGUUUA